AUGGAUGGUCGCAUGCAACAACAGCCCACAUCAGCAUCAGCGCCGCGAAAACGCCGGGCUCACCGAAAAUCCCGCGCUGGUUGUCGGAACUGCAAACUUCGUCGAGUUAAGUGCGAUGAGACACGACCGGCUUGCCGGAACUGCACUGGUCUGCUUGUGACCUGCAACUACGAUACUUCCUCAGUCGCCAAGUCCGGAACUGCCUAUGACGGGGAUCUCAGUUUCUCGGUAUCGGCGGUAAAGCUCGCCAAUUAUGCCGUAGUCAAGGUCUUCAGCGAGACGGUGUCUCCUCAGUGUCCACAGGCAAUUGAUAUGCCCCAAUUUCGCCCUCUCACUAAGUGCGAUAUCGACCGACUGAAGAGAUGGGACACGCGAACGGUCUUCACUCUUGGGCCCCCAGAGAUCUGCUCUUCCUAUCAGCUGUCUGUGAGAAAGGACGCUGCACAGUAUCCCUACUUGCUGCAUGCCAUAUUAGCCAUGACUACCAUGCAUGAUCGAGUUUACCAAGCAUUGGAAUACUCGGACGAUGACUGCAGCAUGGAGACCCAGUACUAUCAUCUUGGCCGUGCUGCCGCGCUAUUCAAAGAGAGACUAACCAAGCCGUCUAUUAAAACAGCAGACCGUAAUGCCAUAUGGACAACAGCGUCUCUGCUUAACCACAUGUCAUCGUCUGCACUGAAGACAUGGGACCCUGAGAGGUCAUGGCCACUAGCAGCAACCCCAGAUCCCCAUAUGGACUGGUUUAAUAUGAGCCAAGGACUUUUAACUAUAUACCAACAUGCUUCUCCCGCUGAACCGGGCGGAUUGUUCUAUGAUCUUUUUAAAAAGCCCCGAGUCCCUGGACACGACAUUUUAAGAAACAAAUGGAAGCAAGACAGCCGCGAAGGGAUCGAUGGCAUUCCCUUUUCGUUUAUCUCUCUCUGCGAGCUUAAUGUCUUAUCGAACGCGGAAAAUAACCCAUAUCACGCAGCGGUGCGGGCUCUCAUUGAGAUCUGGGACAUGGAGCAUAACAAAUAUACAGCAUUCCGCUUCAUGUCCUUUAUUUCGCUGCUGCGCCCGGAAAUGAAGGAUUUGGUGCAGCAAAAGGACCCGCGCGCCCUACUUAUACUGGCUUACUGGUAUACGAAAAUGUUUGAUCUGCACUGGUGGGUGCACCAGCGAUCCGUUGUCGAAUGCACUGCCAUAUCUGCCGCCUCAGCCAACCAUCGCCGCAGCUUCAAGCACGAGAAACACUUGUCGACUCUCCUCGUUGUGCCUCCCCCGCCCGCGUUCUAUCAUGAGUUCUGGAUGGUGAAAUCGCCUGGUUCCACAUCCACACUUUGUUCUCGACGGCUUGAAAGCACGCAAACGAAAAGUACAACAACUCGUUGCCCUGUCGAAGACACUGCUGGCUCUGCCUAUUCUGCUCCUCUGCCUGCGAUUACCGAAACAAAGACGCGAGCGCUGGGAAGCUCGCGCCGCAAUCACGAGACCAUGCUGACGCUAAACCGCCUUACUAGUCGUCCCUACAUCACCCACGCACGGAGCAGUCGCACCUUGCUCGAUUUUCAACAAAAGGAAUACAGCAGAAUGGAAGACGAAGAUGUACUUGCGCGCAUCAAGGCUGCCUCCGCGUCUUCGGAGGCGUCCACUGCACCAGUGUCGCCCGAUCUGCUCGCUGUUGACUCGGACGGUACUCCAGUGCCGACAGAUGGCUCUGCCUCGCCCACAUUGUCCCCCGGGAAGCUGUCGAGGAGCCAGUCCUUUUCGAAUAGCAGUUCCUACCAGGAGGACUGGGAGACCUUUCCGCCCUUGGAAAAGUUGACCAUUUUUGAUAUGUUCGACACCUUUUCGCUCUCUCAGAAGAUCGAAAAGUGGCAGCAAACGAUCAACCAACAACGGGAGCGCGUGCGCAAGCAACGCCAGAAGUUGAAGUCUGUCUCCGACCUCGCCAAGGAUCGCGUUGUCGGCCAGUGGAAGAAACGUGUGCCAACGGCUGAAGAGCAGCUCGACAAAUACCGCGGCCGGAUGCGCACUUCGGUGGACCGACUGAACAAACAAUGGAACAAAAGUUCGACAGUGACUCUUCGGGAAAAGGUAUCCUUCCUUUGCGGUGUGAUGAACAUUUUCAUCAGUGGUUAUAUUAUCGGCGCUCAUCCGGAAUACUUUUAUUGGUGGUACACCCUCCAACUGUUCUACUUUAUGCCCAUUCGCUUGUACUCGUACCACAAGCGGGGCUACCACUAUUUCCUGGCAGAUCUGUGUUAUUUUGUGAACCUCUUGUCGAUGCUGACCAUCUGGGUCUUUCCUCAAUCGAAACGACUUUUGAUUGGGACCAUCUGCCUGGCGUAUGGAAAUAACGCUGUUGCAAUCGCCUUGUGGCGAAAUUCGAUGGUCUUCCAUAGCCACGACAAAAUUGUUAGUGUGUUCAUUCAUAUCAUGCCGCCAGUCGCCUUCCAUUGCAUCACGCAUAUGACCUCUCCUGAGAUGCUCAAAGAAAGAUUCCCGGCCGUCUACAACGUCAAAUUUAGUGCGCCAGGCGCGCCUGAACAUUUCACACUCCCGGCCAUGAUGCUCUGGGCUUCUAUCCCAUAUGCAGUCUGGCAACUGACAUACCACCGAUUUAUCACAGUGCGCCGUGCCGAAAAAAUCGCCGCUGGCCGGCCCACUAGCUAUACCUGGCUUCGUCGCUCCUAUGCUAAGACCUGGAUCGGAAAAAUUGUCUUGGGACUCCCCAGUAUUCUUCAAGAGCCCGCAUUUAUGCUGGUCCAGUACCUCUACGCGGUCUUAACUAUGAUACCCUGCCCGCUGUGGUUCUGGUACCGAUGGGCUAGUGCCGUCUUCGUGACAGUCAUGUUCAUGGUGAGCAUUCACAAUGGCGCAGCUUAUUAUAUUGACGUCUUUGGAAAGCGGUUCGAGAGGGAACUGGAAGCCUUGAAGAGAGAUGUUUCCCGAUGGCAGUCAUCCCCUGAUUUCACCACCAGCCCAGUUCUUACUCCUGACACUGCGGACGAAGGCACCAGUAUGCUUAGUGACCUUCUCGACUUACCGCCAGUGAUGGCUGAGAAAGCGAAACUUGAACAUAUCCCCAGUCUUGAUGAUUUGACCAGCACUACUGGCUCCCAGCCCGGAGCGCCUGAUGUAGCAUCUCAACUGCGAAACCGAACCGUCUGA